UCAAGUUUCAGAACUAAAAACUCGAAUACAAAAUAAUAAUAAAAUCACCAAAAUGCGAAUGCUCAAUUUGAACCAACUCGCUCCUGAUUUUACCACCCUGGCGGUGGUAUCCGGUGGCUACCGUAAUUUCUCCCUGUCGGAUUUGCGUGGCAGAUAUGUUCUGCUGGUGUUUUAUCCGGCCGACUUUUCGUUCGUCUGCCCCACGGAGUUGCAGGCGUUCAGCGACAGAGCCCCGGAGUUCCGGAACGUGGGUUGCGAGGUCCUGGCCUGCUCCACUGACAGUCAGUAUGUGCACUGCGCCUGGAUGAGUACGCCGCGGAAGUUAGGAGGUCUGGGGGAAUUGGACAUUCCCCUGCUGGCUGACAAGUCAAUGAAGAUAGCCAGGGACUACGGAGUCCUCGAUGAGACCACAGGAUUGGCCCUCCGUGCCCUGUUCAUCAUCGAUCGCGAGGGACAUAUUCGUCAGAUCACCAUUAACGACAUGGGCGUCGGCCGCAGCGUGGAUGAGGCACUGCGUCUGGUCCAGGCCUUCCAGUUCAGCGACGAGUUCGGAGAAGUCUGCCCGGCCAAUUGGCGUCCAGGGGGCAAGACCAUGAAGGCGGAUGCCUCCGGAAAGGAGGAGUACUUCAAGCAUGCAACUUAAACCCAUAAUAUAAAAACUUUCCCGCGAGUGCAAGCUACCAAAUAAACCAUAAACAUAUCUAUGCAAA